AUGUGUCUAAGCAGCUCUUUUUGUGGUGGCGAGAAAUCGAACAUUGAGAGGAUGCCCAUCGAUUGGGAAAUGGCUGAACGAGUUAUGGUACUGGUUUUGUCCCUCAUUCUUGAAGAGGAUCAAAACGACAUCACUGUGCUGUGGUCAAAGUACAGUGUGUCCGCUGUGACUAAUCAAACCAAGUACAGCGUCUUCUCUGACGAGGGCACGCCACACUGCACGGUGCUGUGCCAGUGCCACCCGUGUCCUGCAAUUGAUUCAGAGUACUUCAGACAGACCUUGAGAGUAUCACUUCUGCCCCCCCUUGGUGACUGUUUCUGGUUCGGCGUCCUGGCUGCGGCCUUCCUGCUCUCGCUGGGCUGGUUGUACAUCGGGCUCGUUCUGCUCAAUGAUCUCCACAAUUUCAAUGAGUUCCUGUUCCGACACUGGGGCCACUGGCUGGAUUGGUCCCUGGUGCUGCUGCCCGUCGCCUCGGUGAUGGUUACGUAUUCCACCCUGCUGCUGCUCUUGGCCCUAUUGCUUCAUCUGUGUGGGCAGCCCCUGCACCUGCACUGGCUUCACAAGGGGCUGCUGUUGCUGACUGUGCUGCUGGUGGCUGCUGCCCUGGUGGGACUGGAAAUCCAGUGGCAGGAGGAGUGGAAGAGCCUUCACCUGUCCUUGCAGGCCACAGCCCCGUUUCUGCAUCUGGGAGCAGUGGUGGCGAUCACCCUCCUGGCCUGGCCAGUGGCCGACACCUUCUACAGGGCUCAGAAAAGAGAUCCCAAGGUGCUGCUGCUGCUCCUGUUCCUUGGGGUGGCCCUGGCCAUCUACCUGGCCCCCCUGGGCAUCUCGUCCCCCUGCCUAAUGGAGCACGACCAACUUCCCCAGAAGCCCGAGCUUGUGGGGCACCGAGGGGCUCCCAUGCUGGCCCCCGAGAACACACUGAUGUCCCUCCAGAAGACCGCCGAGUGCGGGGCUUCCGUGUUUGAGACCGACGUGAUGGUCAGCUCCGACGGAGUGCCCUUCCUGAUGCACGACGACCGUCUGGGGAGGACCACGAACGUGGCUUCCGUGUUCCCCGACCGAGCGGCCGGACACAGCGCCGACUUCUCCUGGGCCGAACUGAAGCAGUUAAAUGCAGGGACCUGGUUCCUGGAGAGGAAGCCAUUCUGGGGGUCCGAGAAGCUCUCGGACGCUGACCGGCGGGAAGCCCAGAACCAGACGGUGCCGUCGCUGAGAGAACUGCUGCUGGCAGCCGCCCCCCUCAAUCUUUCCGUCAUGUUUGACCUGCGCCGACCCCCACCGAACCACACGUAUCACCACACCUUCGUCAACCGCACCCUGGAUGCCGUGCUGAGUGCCGGGGUGCCCCAGGCCAUGGUGCUCUGGCUGCCGGAUGAAGAACGGGCUGAGGUACAACGCCGGGCGCCCGGCCUUCGCCAGGUGUAUGGGUAUCGAAAGGAGAACGGGACUGAGCGGCCCCAGCGCCUCAACCUCCCUUACCAGGACCUUCCACUGACAGACAUCAAGCUCCUGCAGCGCGACAACGUCUCCGUGAACCUGUUUGUGGUGAACAAGCCUUGGCUCUUCUCCCUGCUCUGGUGCGCCGGGGCCGACUCGGUCACCACCAAUGCCUGCCAGCUGCUGCAGCAGCUGCCCCAUCCCGUCUGGCUCAUCUCCCCCCGAACCUACCUGGUGAUCUGGACUGUCUCGGACUGUGUGUCUGCCCUGCUGCUCCUCUGGAUCUUCUUCCUACAGGGGAAAUGUGCCAAGGAGAGAGAGCAGGCCGUCUCAGAGACUGCGGUGCUGCUCACCAAGAUCAACAACUUGCUGGAAUGAGGGAGGUGGCCCUUGACCCCCAGGCCUACCCCCUCUAUAGCCUGAGGAUUUCCUGCUUCCACUGGGUGGGACCGGUGACCCCGAGA